CGAUCAUGCAGUCAAUAUGAGAUGAUUUGUCAUGAUGAAAUGGUCGAGAUAUAAGGACUUCACAUCCGAUGAUUCCGGCACGAGCCGCCAACCCUCGUUGCCAUUAUCACUAGAUUAGGUCUACGAAGUACACUCAUUACAGCCCAACUUUUACAGUCUUUACCUCCGAGAUCAUGCAUUUCAAGAAUAUCAUCCUGGCUGCGGCCCUGACCCUGACCACUUCAGUCUUUGCCGCUACGAGCCCCUCUGACCUCGCGAUUGGCUUGCAAAACAACAUUGUCGGACUUGAUAUUGGCCAGAAGCAAACUACUCUGCUUUUGAACCACCUCAGCCACCAUACCGGCGAUGUCACUCCCGAUGCUGUCGUCUCCUCCUACAACGCCACUGCCACAUCCGAGGCCGAAGAUCUGGAGAUGAUGAACAUGAUGGAAAUUGACGAGGCACCUAUUGAAAGUGUUCAGUUGGUUCUUUGCCAGGCAUUCCACGGGUUUGCUCUGAGCAGUAUCGAGGCAAACGACGCCUUCAUCGACUACGCCAUGUCCUUCAACAAGGCUCAACGCAAGACUCUGCGCGAAGCCAUUGCUAAGAACAAGGAGAACGUUGCUGCCUUCCUCGAACGUGUUGCCAGUAAGGCGCUGCCCUACUGCGUCUCCACCAUCAAGAUUGACAACUCUGCCCUCUACGCCUCCCUCGAAAAGGCCUCCAAGGCCCUUGAUCCUGAGGAUUCUCUGCUGUAGAGCUCCCCAUGUCAAGCGUUUCGAGAAAUACCUAUCCCACCAUGAUCGUUGCAGUGUUGGUGCUAGAGGAAGUCGUUUUCUUUAAACUUUCUAUCGCUAAGACCCCCGUUUGAUCGAGAUGCGAUCAGAGCUGGGCCAAAAGUUGAUCACCUUGGUACCCCCUUCUCUGCAGUGAUUUUUAUUUUCAACCGAUGAUAUAAUACCGUGGAUAGAGCGUUUUGACUAGCUAUCAUAAUUGCCUAAUACAAACCAUGCCUUGCAGCGAAGCGAAAG